AUGUCAGCACAGGCGACACAGCCCUCCUCCACUGGGACUCGAGCGCGGCGGAAGCCGAUCCUCAGGGUCAAGACAGGCUGUUUCACUUGUCGGAACCGCAAGAAAAAGUGCGACGAGUCACGGCCAGUUUGUUCUGGAUGUCGUCGCAACAAGAUACAAUGCCGAUGGCCCAGUCCUCAACUACCGCUGCAGUCACCGCCAAAUGCCAAUGAUUCACCUAGCUUGGAGCCCUCGGCCAAAAGUCCGACCCUGGAUAGUCAUGAGAGGCGAUUUUCACAGAGCUUUGACGUCGACAUGGGUAUAGAAGAGGUAUUGGAGGAUCCUCCAGCCUUGGACGCCGAUCAUGAAUAUGGUGAAUAUGAUUUGUUACGGCUACAGAGUAUUAGUGCCCCAGAUCUACCAUUGCAGCUUUGCUCUAUCGCUCCUGCGACAGGCGUUUCCUUCGCAGACCAUGACUUGGAUCAAGUGGAUUAUGGUCUCGCCGACGAAACUCAGACAGAGAUACAGGCUAUACAAUCAUUCGAGGAAGAUGAAACGAUCGAGGAUCCCACCAUUCAAGACAGCGUCAGUAAUGCACUCAUCAGUCUGUCCGGGGCCCAUCUCGGCCAAAGAGCUCUCAUCGAGCCCAGUCCAUCCCCUGUUAACCCGUCAAUUCUCCCUGGCCUGGAUGCGCAGGCAUUCGAAUUGAUGGGCCACUAUCUGGACCGCACGGCCGUGAGCAUGGGUAAUGGCUCAACCACAACAAACCCCUUCAUCGUCCAGCUCAUACCGCUCUCAUUCGCCAAUCCUAUCGUCCGUGAGCUCAUGCUGUCACAAAGUGCCUCGCAUCGAGCCGUCUUGGAUGCAGGGGACCAGUCGGAAGUGAUAGCUCACACCUACUACACCAAGUCAAUCCGUCUGUUUCGCAAGGCUGUUAAUGAUUACCUGACUGGCACUGAGUCAAAUCCACUCUGGGUCACCAUCGGUGCGUUGAUCAUGUGUUUUACCGAGACCGCCAAGGGCGAUACUAACGGGGUCAUCUUUGAUCAUAUACAAGCCGUCGGGCCACUCGUCACAAAUCUGCUCACAAAGCUUCCUCAUCUUCUCCCCGAUGGACUGUGCGCUUUUGUCACCGAGUACUACAUUUACACUGCAAUUGUCAGCAUGAUCUCUACAGACCCGUCUGCGGGUACGGGGCUUUUGCUAUCCCCUGAUCUGGAGCACAAGGCGCAAUCUUUGGCUGAAUCUGGUUACGUGGGCCAACUCUGCGGCUCAUGGCUUUCAUUGCUUCUUCUCAUCCCACGAAUAUUCGACUUUGGUCAUCGAAGAGUAGCGGCUAGUGUUGAUCCGCCGUUCCCAGCGGCAGAUGACUUCCUUAAUUUCGGCAGUCUCCAGUUCGAGAUCACUUCAUUCGUCCCAUCGCCCUCGGCAAGCUCCGAGGUCACCAUCUGCGGCUACAUCUUCCAACAGGCCGUCCAUCUCUACUUGCUCACGGCUCUUGGAAUCGGCGAUGAAAGACAAUUGACACAACAGCUGAGCCUGGAACACACACUAGCAAGCGCCUUUUCAUACCUCGAACAGCUUCCAGCUUCUGCGCGCAUCAACACAAGUAUGUGCUGGGCAUUAGCCGUGAUCGGAUCCUGCACCCGCGAUGAGGAGCGUCGGGAACUUCUUCGCCAACGUCUACAGACGAUGUUUCUCACAAUUGGGCUUGGUAACAUAUCUUCCACAUUAUCUUUGCUAGAGCACAUAUGGAUGCGACCUCAAAGGGAACAGAGCCCUUGGAUCAUUUGUCAGAUCAUGUACGAGCACGAAAUAUGGAUCUCAUUUGCCUGA